AUGGACGACGUCGCGGAAGUCGACAAGGCCCUCGACAAGUGCCGCGUUGGACGCAACGGCGAGCCAAGGUUCUGGUGCGGUUUCUGCGUCAAGAUUGUCGAAAUCGCGAAAAAGGGAACCAACGCUUGGGCUGAGAGAUUCAACCACAUCGACAACCACUACGCAGGUCGGCACAGUCUACCCAAGAAAGACCACUCUGACUGGGUAGCUGUCGAUCGCGAACUUCCCGAGAUCGACCUCUCCGGGUCUCUGAGUGACUCAAGCGACGAUGAUUCGGCCGAUGAGAGCCCAGUCGCUGUUAUCUCGCGAAAGCCCGAGGAUACUCCUAAGGCUGUAAGCGGCCAGAGGAGGAAGAGGCGCCUCGACGACGAUGACGAACAACAUGACCCUAAGCGUAUACGAAUGUACAUGUGGCACUGCGUUCUCUUUAUAGUGCUGCUGUACCUGGACCGCUGA